CAUCUUCAUUUGCUUCAGGAGCCUGUGUUAAUUGCUUUCUUAAAAAGACUUCAGAUCUCUUUUUCUGCUGUGCUGGAGUAGUUUGGCUUGUCGUUCAGUGUAGGUCGAACUCUGAAGAGUGAAACCAGUUAGAGACUGCAUGGUAGUUUUAUCAGGCUGUUGUUGUUCUAGUAGCAUGCUAUGCUUUGGAGCGAGGAUGAGCACGUUAUUUGCUUAAAAACUGCCCCUUUUUGUAAGAUGAAUGUUUCCUUUCUCACUGCCUCAGUUUUUGUUCUUCCCAUUGUGUAGCUGCAGACAGAGAAGGACAAGAAGGGUGGUUGGCCAUGCUGGGAGAAUUAAGUGUAACAGAUGGCAGAGAAGUGGCUUUCGGUCCUUGCUGAGUGGAAAAAAAUUGUUUUAGUUUAAAGCUGUUUAUUCAUUAUUAUUCAGUGCAUGUAAUUUUGACUAAAAUGUCAGUAAGCUUACUCAACUGAAUUCAAGUUAGCUUUGUUUUUAAUUCCUAGGCUUUAUAAUUGAGAACACUUACUAUGUUUUAAGAGUAGUAUUAAUAGUUAUCCUUAUAUGAAUAUGUUUACAUACAUGAAUAUCCCAUGUUGUAGUGUUAUAGUAAUUUAUGUGAACUGUGUUCAUAAGUUUUGCAGCUCCUCUUUUUGAUGCAUUUCAGUUAGAAUAAUAAGGAUGUCUUUUACUUAAAUGGAUCUGUAUCUUGAUCGUAUGGUAAACGCCUUGAGUUUGAAUUAAGAAAGAUUUUUUAGAUGCUCUCAACAUCUCAUCAUCAAAAGACGUGCAGGGUAACAUUAAGUGCAGUGCACAAUGCCAUGUGAUCUCAAGCCAUGAAGUAUAAGCACAGGCUGCAUUCAGCCUCGUGAGGCUAGAUAGGUACCUGUAACUCCAUUAGGUUUGGAGGGGAAGGAGUUCCAGUGCACCUUUCUCAGAGUUUGAAUUUAGAGUUCUUGCUACAGAUUGGGGUUAAACAAUGAAUAGGAAAAAAAAAAUCACUGUGUUGGUUUUCUAUGGAUAAUUUCUUAAAGCUUAUCAACAGUAUUAAUGUGAGAGCUCCACCAUUAGAGCUCUUUUUCCUGUCUAACAGCUGUCAGAUAGUGUUAACACAAUAGAAGUUUUCCACCUUGCUAUUCCUGGAGCGUUAAUUCCUGGAAAAUCAACAGGGAUUUGAGAGAUUAUGGCAUCUGAGGCUCACAAUGCUAAAAAACAGAAAGUACUGCAUAUUGAAGGUCGUCCUGUUGAUCUCCCCAGAAAAAGAGUCUCUUCUUCCACUAAAAAGAUCAUGAAGGAGGAUAAGAAAUCUCCAAAACAGCUGGCUUCAUACACAAACAGAAUAACAGUUGGAAAAACGGUGACCAGUCCCCUAUCUCUCUUCAAAGCAGUACAUUGUAAAAGAAAAGUCCAUUGUUAUAUUGCAAAGCCUUGUUAUAAGAAGAAACAGUUCCCUAAAUCAAGGGGCUGUAACAUGGCAAAUAAAGAAAAUGAACUGGCUUGUGCAGGGAAUCUGCCAGCAAAACUGAAUGACAGUCGUACACACUUGCUGAAUUCUAGUGACUCUGGCUCAUCUCAAACAGAAGGCCCCUCUUCCAAAUAUAGUGCAUUUUUUUCAGAGGUUUCUCAGGACCAUGAAACUAUGGCUCAAGUUCUUUUCAGCAGGAAUCUGAGGCUGAAUGUUGCUUUAACCUUUUGGAGAAGGAGAAGUAUAGGUGAACUGGUAGCCUACCUACUGAGGAUACAAGAUCUUGGAGUUGUAGUAGACUGCCUUCCUGUGCUUACAAACAGUUUACAGGAAGAAAAACCGUAUAUUUCAGUUGGCUGCUGUGUAGAUCUUUUGCCUUUAGUGAAAUCACUACUUAAAAGCAAAUAUGAAGAAUAUGUGAUAGUUGGUCUAAACUGGCUUCAAGCUGUAAUUAAAAGAUGGUGGUCAGAACUAUCUGCGCAUAAAGAGAGGGCAGAGGAUGGAAAUAUGAUUAUUUUAAAACAACAAUUAAGUGAAUUAUGGGAACAAGAAAAUCAUCUUACUCUGGUUCCAGGAUAUACUGGUAAUAUAGCAAAGGUUCACCAGGAUGUUUGUGACCAAGGGCACCUGAACAAGUCAAGAGCAAAGGAAUAGUAUAAGAAUGUUGGAGGGGUGUAGGGAUGUAAAUGCUUAUUUAUUACAGCUGUGCUGACACAAUUGAGAAAUGAUGCGCUUACGUGGUGAAACAAUCCUCUAAAAUGUUCCUGAAAUACGUACUAUUUCUGAAAGCCUUCUGAAAAACAUUGGUGGAAGAGAACUGAACUGUCAAGCUGUUUAAUGAAACCACUAACGAAAUCCUAACAAUCUACUUCACAUUGAAGUGGAAAAAUGUCUAGUAGGAGCAACUUUUACUUCAGUGAGGUGAAACUGCACUAUGAAAACUGUAUGCCUUUGCUGCAUUUGGGAUUCAUUCAAUUAUUAGGUAUUCACUGUUUUCCUACAGCAUUGCAUAAAAAGAUGAAUUCAACUGGUUCUGCCGUCUUGUCUGACUGACAGUAAUAAAGAACCAACGAGAGCAAUCAGCAUUAAGAGCUUUUAGUGUUUAUUCACAAGAACUCCAAAAUGCACAGCUAUCUUCCAACUAUAUUAAAGACAACUCUGAAAUAUUCAAUUAUUUCUUUGUUUUAAUUGAAACUAAAGACAGUUUUUGUUUGCACUAUUGAAAAAGUAUACAACAAAAAUGCCUUAAUUACUAGUGUUUGAAAAAGCCAAUGUGUUGAGAUGUAAGUAGCUAUUGUAUGUUCAGAUUGUGAUGAAAAACUGCUACAGAAGUCAGGGUUUAACAUUGUGUAGUUGUUCUUGAAACAUUGCACAUAAACAAAAAUUCAUGUAAGAAAAAUAAUAUAAAUACCUGAACUUAGCUUGGAUAAACAGUUAUUACAAAUGUGAGCAGAAUGGUGAAUAUACCAAACAAAUUUUUUUAUAUUGUAUGUGGAUUUCUAACAUGAUAUCUCGUUCUGUAUCAUUUAAACUACAUGCGAAUAAGUAAAUAUAUUAAAUGUAUCUACUGUUUUCUUCUCAAGUUCAUAAAAAUAAUUUCUAGAACAACUUCUUCCACAGUACUUUCUAUUGUAGAUAUUUGUGAAAUGUUUACAGCCAGACAAGGCCAUUGUUACUCAAGUCACAUCCUUCAUAUUCUACCUCCUUUAAGAAAAUGACAAAUAGCUUUGCAAAAUCAAUUACUAACCUGAUUUAAUGCUUAUUUAAGUUAGUACUACUUUAAACUGAAAAAAAAACCCAAACACAAAAAUAUUGGAAAAAAAACUAUCAACUUUAGUUCUACUGCUGUCCGUUGCUAUUUUAAUUUAAAAGCUAUACAGUAGCAGCUCUGAGGAAGUUUUGAUUUUUAGGCUUGCUUCCAUGUUUUUAUCUUCUGAUUAGGAAGCAUGCCUUUCCAAUUUAAAGCAUAUAAAGUGCCAGUUUUUCACUUAAACAGAAGUACAACACCAAAUCUGCUUUCUAAUAAAUGAAAAGAAGAAUGAUAAAGUACUUGGAAAGGUUAUUUUCAUGCUUAGCAUAAAAUGAAUGCACUUUUACUGAAAUGUCAGGCAAAAAGACUAGUGUGUUUUGUUUUGUUUUUUUUUACUUUA